AGUACCUGACAACGAACUCGUCAAUAACGCAGGUAUUUGGCAGGCCUCCCACUGACUGGCCACCACGGACUGGAUUCAGGUGGACUUUUGGACAUCUGGACACAUGGAAUAACGGGACUCAUACAUUGCAUUCUGGAUUAUGACAGUGGAGUUGUAAGGCGUAGGAAGGCAGGAUGGAUGGCACCGACGCUGAUGGGGAGUGGAGUGACGACGAUGGAGUCAAGUCAGGAUCUGUUACAGCUCUAUCGGAUAAUGAACCAGAUGAUAUACCUACAUCACUGAAGAUCACCACGAUGAUCACAGCCUCACCAGGCAACCACAAGAUAGACCCUGUACAUGCGAUCCUGGACAAGAUAGAUGCUGAGCUGGGAGCUAUCGCUACUGCCAAUAACAUCACUACCUUCAGUCAACCACAAAGUGUAAAAAAUCAACGUUUCCUAUUUUUGACCGAAACCGGCUUGAGGCUCAGGGCGUGGUGUUUGACACCGCUGAUGAUCGCCGCGACAAGCAGGUUUUAGGUCACACCCACGGAGGUAGUUCCGACCGGGAUACUGGUGUCGGAACAGGAAGUGUACAAGACGAUGCUGGCUCGGAACACAAGAGGAUUAUGGGUAGUGCUCAGAUAUACAGCGAUGUGGGGAACCUGACUGAUGUCCAUACAGAUGGUAGGAGAGGAACUCAGCCCACAGCGCCACUUGAAGAUGACCACCGUGGGGAUGAUGGCCACAGUGACCUCGACUCCCUGGCUGCCCAGCAGAUCGACGAGAAGUUCAAGGAAAUCAUGCGCAAGAAGCGAGGUGGUUAUCUGGAUGACUUGAAGGCCCGCAUACCCAGACCAGGUAGUGACCGUGACACGGUCAACUCGGACGAGGGGGUGGUCACUCGGCCGUCAGGUCCUGCUGAUCUGCCGCCACACUCAAAUCACGUGACAGUCAUGAGCCGGCCACUCAAACUCAAACAACACUUGCCUCAUCCGUACACAGGUUAUGCCAGUGACUUAGAAUCUGUAAAAACUGAGGAUUUUGAAAGUCGUUUUCAGGAUCUAAUGAUUGGCCAAACAUCCAAGGAUACAUCCAGCAAGUUAAAAACCCUUUCCAAAAAACUUGCGAAUCGAGAAUCUAAGACCCAGGUGCAAUCAAAUACGAACCACAGUGGUGGUAUCUCAUAUCCUAAACCAACAGAGGAUUCAAAAAGCUUUCCUUCUGCAAGACUAUUCUCAAGUUUUCAGAAUAAACCUGCAAAUGAUCUGACGCUUAGGAAGUCACCCUUCAGCUCCUUACCAACCUCAGACUCUCGGAGCACCACAGAUAUUAUCAAACUGCCACGUCCCAGAAGUGUUAGUCCUGCCAGGCUCAGGCCUGAGAAGAGAAUUGUGAGUGUGUACGAGGAGGACAGUGUUGAUGAGACUUGUCGUGAGAUCGAGCGAGAGACGGCGAGAAUACGGCAAGAGAUGGAACGUGAGAGGAGAUCGCACUCAGCCUCCCCGUCCAACCAUCUCCGAAGUUCUGGCACCUCCCCAGUCCGAGCUAGUCCCAUCGGAGUGAGCUCCCCGGAGACUAUGAGGAAGGUGUACACCACGGGCAGGGAUGCAGCAGGGAAGAGGCAGACGCAGGCUGAAGAGGAGGAGAGAGAGGCACUGACACAUGAGAUUAAGACACUCCGCCAGGCACUCCAUGCAUCUCGGCUGGAACUGAGGGAGGCAGAGACGUCACUGAAAGGCACCAGAGAGAAGUCCGAGGAUGCCAGGACCCAGCUGAUGCUGACAGAGUUCAAGCGCACGACGGCCAUGAAGGACCUGGAACGGGUCAUGGAGGACGUGGAGAGGAAGAAGAAUGAGGUCAGGAACUUUGAGAGUCAGAUCAAGGUGAAGCAGGGUGAAGUGCGGGACAUCCAGUCUGUAGCAGCGAUCAAGGAAGAGCUCCGAGCAGUGCAGGAAGCCAACUCAGACCUACUGGUGAAGGUUCGGGGUUCGGACGGCCUUCACCUGGAGAGGGAUGAGCUGGUCCGGCAGCUGGAACAGACCAAGGAGGAACUGUUCAACGAGCAGAAGCAGAGUAGGAUGCAGAAGGAAGCACUGCAAGAUGAGGUGGAGUCACUGAUGGGGAGGAUGGAGGAGACCCAGGGGAGUCAGGACGAUGUCCAUCACAAACUGAUGUCACUGGAGAACUCCUACAGGACAAUGGAGAGGUCCAAGGAUGAAAUUAUACAGGAGAAGAGCCGUGACCUGGAGGAGAUGAAGACUCGCUACAAGCGCGAGAGUCGGGAGAACAAGCGGAUGGCGGAACAAGAGAAGAAGGUGCUGCAGCAGGAGGUGCUGGAGCUUAACCACAAGCUGGGGCAGGUGCAGGAUGAGCUCAACAAGAAGGAUGACAGCGAUCUGAGAGUCAGAGAUCAGCUGAUUGAGCUGCAGCAGGAGCUGGCCAAGGAGAAGGAUGCUCGGGACGCCAUUGCAGAGGACCACAAGCGAGUCCUCCAGACUCUCAGGAAAGAAACGUCCGGAAAUAUUUGGAAAGACUGUGCGAUUAUGAAACUGCGGGAGACGAUGUUCCUGGAGAAGCAGCAGGCGUUGGAGUUGUGCCGGGCGGAGAUGGAGGAGGAGAAGAGAGAUGCUUCCACCAGAGCCGACAAGCGGAUAACGGUCCUCAUGGCCGAACACUCCACCUUGUUGGCUGAGAAGAAUGAGGAGGUGUGUCGUCUGCAGGAUCUCAUCAAGGGCCUGGAGGAGGAGAGACAGCAGACGGAGGUGAAAGUCCAGGAGGAGAUAACCAUGCAGGUGCGAGAUGCAGUUGGACGAGAGCGACAGGUUGUGGAGACUGAGAAGGAGUGGUUCUUGCGUCGUGAGAAGGAGGCCAUCACCAUGGAAACAAAGCAGAGGCUAAAUGAGCUGACAGUGGAGGUCGCAAGGGAGAGACAACUCAAGGAGGAUCUCCUGCAACAAGUCCAGGUCCUGAGGAAUGAGCUGGACACACAGCGGCACCAGAACCGCCAGGCUACCAAGGACAAGGUGUUUGCUGUAGCUCGAGCCAAGGACAUGGUCCGCGACCAGAACACUGCCGAGUUGGAGAGGAUCAAGGACAAGGUCAAACAGGACAACCACCGGGAGAUGGAACGACUCCGGGAACAGAUCAAGGUGAUGGAGGAGGAGGUGAGGCAGCUGAAGGCGGAGAAGCAACAGAUGAACCGCUCCGAACGGGACACCACGUCAGCCCUGGACCGUGCGGAGAGAACGGUGGUCAACGAGGUGAAUGAGGAAUGUCGCCGGAGUGCUGGAGUGCUUGGUAUUUCUCCCAGGAGAGUCAAUCAAGGGAGCAUCAAUGGCAGCAGUAGCCCUGUGCCCUUCAGCAGUCUCAACUCUGGCAAAUACAGGACACCAAUCACUGUGGCUCUGGCCAACCUAAGGGCCUGCAACGAGGAACUGCGGGGUCACGUGACCGACCUGCGGCAGGAGCUGGAGACACAUCGAAACCUGUUGCAGAAGACCCAGAGAGACAAGGACGAAUCACUAGACAACCUUAGAAGAGAUUUAGAAAAAGAAAAGAAUAUAGAAUUAGAAAGUUUAAAAGAGCGAUUAUUUAGGGAACACGUAGAUGAGUCUAACAAAGCCAACCUACUGCGACAGGCCCCUGAUAGGAACGUGCUGCACGACAAUGACAUCAUUGACCUGAAGAGAAAUAUUCAUCACUGGAAGGAGGAAACAACCGAUAAAUAUGUCCGCAAAUUUGAGGAGGAAUUGAACAAACAGCUGGAAAUACAACAGCGACAGCACUGGAACAUCCAACGGGAACUACGUGAGAGGAACGAGCGACAACAGCGGGAUAUCGACAGACUAGAGAAGGAGAUUCAUAAAGAGGCCCUGACUCAAGGUCGGUAUGUCAGCCCUGUGAGGAACAGCCUCCAGCACAAGUUCCAGGGAGAUAACUCUCUACAGAGAUCCAAAUACUUCUCCACAACGUUGUCUGUACCUGACCUGUCCAACCCAGCCCACUAUAGACAGACACAUGCACGAAGCGUAAGUCCAACACGAGAGCAUAUGGUAGUUUCCUCCCUUGAAGAGCGCUUCAAGUCAGCAGAGAAGGACGUGGCUCUGGCGGAACAGCACACGCGACAGAACCAAGCAGCUCUGUCACAGAAGAUGACGGAGAUGAAUAAACUACAGAGCACACUGUCCAGUCAAACAAAGGAACUGAUGGAUCUAGAGCGAGCAUACAGUCACCUACAUCGGCAGUACAACCAACGGCCAUCAUCCCCAACCCGCAUGUUCACCGCUGCCAGAUAGUUCCCGACUCACGACACAACUGUAACAAUAUACGCUCUACAUUCUCCUCAAGACCAUAAGGAUGUACACUCUACACUCUCCUCGAGACAGUCACCUCAAGCUACCGUCUGCUCUGAAUGUUUCAUCAACCUGUCGUUUCACAUUGUUGACUGUACUCCGUACAGUGUUAUCAGGCAGCACUCCAAUAUCAUGUUCAUAAUACAUGCAGUGCUGAGGAGUUGUAUUGGAAAGGGAGACAACUACUGCUUUCCUUACAUGUCAUAUAUGUAUGUCUAGAUACUUAGUAUAAUCAUUUCUUUAGCGUCUAUUUUAUAUGUCUAUUAGGGAAUUUCUUGUGUUGUCGAAUACUCAAGAUACACAAGGAGUUAUAUCAUAAGCCAUUUUUUUCAGAAAUUGUGUUUGUAUGCUAAAUGCACGAGGGGAUAUUGGUGGCAAACAUGGCUCAAUCCAAGUUCAGAAUUGUUUAGCACUUUUAUGACUUAUCUGCAUCAUAGCUUAAACAAGUAUGAAAACAUCUUCUUGAAA